GUCGGCUGUUUUAACAUCACUCUCUUGCGGCACAAUAGUGGAUCAGCUGUAGUUUUGUCAUAUUUAUAGAAGCAAUAUUUUGAUAUUAUCAAUCACUUAAACUAAUGGUUAAAGAUUAUUAUGAAUUUUCACCUCGCCAGGAUGUGGAAACAAUUGGAUUUAAACUGCUGAUAAGAUAAGAAAAACAAAUGGCAUGGUACGUUAACUCCUAAUGUGCCAUGAAAAAAAUGAAGAUUGAUGUGGAACAUCAGACACAGUCAGUGGUGAAUAUAAACAAAGAUGUCUGCACUGUGUGAUGCAUGUGUUACUAUGGUCUUGUCGUGGGUCGUCUGCGCACAGGGAAAAUAUGUGAGUAGAGAUUGAUGCAUUCUUCCUUGGCUUUUUGUAGAAUUCUAAUUGAAACUACUAUUUGUUGUGUUUUAAAAUGGAUGUUUACUGGCUGAUGUUUGAUCCAACAAGGAUAUAAAGAAGGAUACAUUAUGUUUAUUGUUUGUCAUAUUCAAAAUACAGCAGCUUGCACUAUAGUUGAUAAACUAGACCAAAGAAAUUAUAUGCAAAAUAAUAAAAAGCCAUUCAAAUUUAAAUUCGAGAUAUUAAUAAAAAAAAACCUUUGAAAAAAAACUUUUAAACAUGCAGUUAUAGAUUAAGCUUGCUCUGCCAAUAUUGUGAUAUAUUCUCAAGAAGAGUAGCGAAAUUGCAAAACAGCAUCUUGCUUUUGUAUUAAAACAAUAUUAUGGUAAAAAGCUUCAAUAGUUGAAGUAUAAUAAAUACAGAUUAUUAUUUUCAGUGAACAAUGUCUAUAGAACGAUGUAUCAAAAUGACGUAGAAAUAAUACUUGAUGGUUGUAUGAAGAGAUGAAUACUCGAUAUGAAGCCGGAGGAGCCAUGAAUUCCUAUACUCGACUGAGGCAUCACUAACAGAUUCAGCCCUCCGCAGACUCACAAUGGUGAAGAGCAGCGCACUCGCGACAUCCCCCACCCCCCUGUCCUCCCCCUCCCUCCCUCCCUGUGUGAGAGGUUUAAAGUUUCUGUGGUCGGGCUCUGAUUGGUGGCUGAAGUUUUUCCAGCCAGGGAAUAAGUUGGGGAGUUUCUUCCGGGCAGCCACUCGCACACACUCCUGGAGUUGAGGAGAGGUCGGCGGUUGUCUUCCAGUCACCGGUGUGAGGGAACUAUGGACGACCGCGCGUUAUAGCUGCGCACAGUUGGAACUAAAUCAGUACCAAGAUUCUUUUGGUUUUUUUUUCUCUUUAUCUGUCUCCGUCGGUUUUUUGAAGAUGUCUUCUUUGGGAAUUUACUCGACCUGGAUUGUACUUUUUGUCAUGUUUGAAGCAGCUCUGUGCAACUAUUCGGAGGACCAGUGCAGCUGGAGGGGAAGUGGUCUGUCGCAGCAGCAGGGCAGCGUGGAGCAGAUAUCCCUCCACUGCUCUGAGGGAACCCUGGACUGGCUGUACCCCAAAGGUGCCCUGCGCCUCUCCCUGUCGCCUCGCCUGCCCUCUGUGGCCAUCGGCCCCGGGGGCAGCAGCUCAGGGCUCAUCACGGCCUGCGUCAAACCUUCCGAGCAGUUCCACGGCGCCCAGCUCUACCUGGAGAGAGAUGGGGUGCUGGAGCUGCUGGUGGGCGACCGUCUGGAGUCCUCCCCGCCUCCGAGGGUGCGCUGUUUCAGCCGGGCACCUGGGGAGAAGGUGGCUCUCUUCCUGCAGGCCACGCCGCACCAGGACAUCAGCAGGCGGAUCGCUUCAUUCCGGUACGAGCUGAGGGGGGACUGGACCGCCCGGCUGUCUCUGGACUCCAACCGCCUCAGCAAUGUUGAUGCCUGCCGACCCUGCAACAACACUGAGAUUCUGAUGGCCGUCUGCACCAGUGACUUUGUUGUGCGAGGAAACAUCAAGUCGGUGGAGGACGACGACAACUUGCGAGCGGCGGUGAUUAAAGUCAGCGCCACGCGAGUGUUUCGCCAGAAGUACACACUCUUCACCAAAAACAGCCGACUGGGCAGCCGUGGGGAAAUUCGGACUCUGCUGCAGUGCGGGGUCAAACCGGGCCCCGGCAGCUUCCUCUUCACCGGGCGGGUCCACUUUGGCGAGGCCUGGCUGGGCUGCGCGCCGCGCUACAAAGACUUCCAUCACGCUUACAUGACGGCGAAGGCGGCGCAGCAGAUCCCCUGUGAACUGCCUGUAGACUGAGGCGGCCGUGUCUCUCACAGCGUGUCUCUCACACAGAACCAAGGCCGAAGUGACGGCCGGGUUUGUCUCCCUAGACUUGGAAGACGCCGUGAAGAUGUGGUGGAGGCUGCCACAGUGGCGCCGUGUGUCCAAAGAUACGAGGAGUGUCUCCACACCGUUUCAGUGCAAUACACGGAGAGCAGGUCCUCAACACUUGUGACAGCUGGAGGGUGAAGAGGACGGAUGUAGAGUACGUCAUUGGCUGAAAACUCAGGAAGGUUACUGCCUCUGACAUGCCUGUACGCAAGCUUGCCCAAGGUGGCGCAAGUGAAAAUGUCUACCUGUUCCAGUGUUCGCCGAAUGUGAGGCUGGACACUGUUUAGAGCAUUGUAUUUUGCUGGCCUGCACAGAGGUCGAACUCAGUGUUACUACAACCUCUAGAAGAGAGUAGGGGGAGCGUUGCACUGAUGCAUUAAAGGGAAAUGACCUGAGGAGUGAUGCUGCAAUCACUGAAAACCAAAUGAGCAAAUAUAUGUAGCAUAGCAGAGAGAGAGAGUCUAAUAUAUGUCAGCGCCGCUGCAGCCACAGCAGCUGAAACUGGUGCUGAGAGCACUUUCACAUUGUAGCCAACUCAGAGAUUUCACUCUCUGUCGGCCAAAUUGGGACCGUUGGUACCACAGCGGCUCAUGUCACUUCCACUGACAGGUUCUUAUUUGUAUGGAAUGAAAUAAAUGACUGCUCAUCAGCUCAUCUGGCUGCGGAAAACAUCGAAGCUGUUUCAAUACAUAUCAUGCACUGUAUCAACAGGAAAUCAAACCAAAACUGGAAAGCUGGAGUGAUUCAAGCCUGCACUGCCAUUUGACAUGUUUUUAGUGUAUAAAUACAUAUAUAUAUAUGAAUGUAAAUAUGUGAUUAUGAAGCUGAUGUGUCCUGUGGAUAAGAGUGUCUCAGUAUUGAUGUGUGUCCGUACACGUGUAUGUGUUUCUAAAA